UAUGAGCUCACGCGGAUCCAAAAUACUAACCCGAAACCCGAUUUUCGCCGCCGUAGGCAACUUCAAAACCCCUCCCGCGCCGGUGAAGUUCCAUUCAAUGGCGGCCCAAGCACCGGCCGCCGGAGACACCCCCAGUUCCUCCACCGCCACUCCCCCGCCGAACCCUCAAUCCCUGCCUCCCCCAAAUCCCGCCACCACCGCUCCCUCUCCGGUUAAAGUCGAGACACCCUCCACUGACUCAAAAGUAACCCCCGCCGCCACUGCUGCGGCUACGCCACCGCCAAAGCCACCGGAACCCCCGGCUACUGAGGCCGACACCAUCCACAUCCCCAGAUACUCCAGGUGGUUUUCGUGGGAUAAUAUACACGAAUGUGAGCUCCGUCUCCUCCCAGAGUUCUUUGAUGGGAAGUUCCCAUCCCGAAACCCUCAGGUUUACAAGUACUACAGGGACUCAAUCAUCAAGCUGUACAGACAGAACCCUUCUAGGAAGAUCACAUUCACCGACGCAAGGAGGACACUUGUGGGCGAUGUCGGGUCCAUUAGGAAGGUCUUUGACUUCCUGGAGACUUGGGGGCUGAUUAAUUAUUCAGGGUUGGCUUCGAGUAAGCCUUUAAAAUGGGAUGAUAAGGAGGGGAAUAAGUCCAGCAGCGGAGCGGCUUCUCAAGGUGGAGGCAGCAGUGGAAGUAAUAAUGUUGCUGAAGCCUCGGGUUCGAGCAAGGAGACCGCUAAGAGGGUGUGCAAUGGGUGCAAGUCUGUGUGCACUAUUGCGUGCUUUGCUUGUGAUAAGUACAACCUGACGCUCUGUGCUAGAUGCUAUGUCCGCGGAAACUAUCAGGUCGGAGUAAGUUCUUCGGAUUUUAGGCGGGUUGAGAUCAACGAAGAGAUGAAGGCUGAAUGGACAGAAAAAGAAACCCUGCAUCUUCUUGAGGGUAUCAUGCAUUAUGGUGAUGAUUGGAGGAAGGUCGCGCAACACGUGGGUGGUAGAAGCGAAAAGGAAUGCGUGGCUCAGUUUAUUAAACUCCCCUUUGGGGAGGAAUUCGUGGACCCUGCUGAGAUGGAAAGUAAGCGGAAUGCCAUGGAGAACAAUAAUGCUGUAUUGGGAGCGGAAACUCCCAGCUCAUCUUUACCGAAUAAAAGAAUGUGUCUCACUCCUCUAGCUGAUGCAAGUAACCCGAUCAUGGCACAGGCUGCUUUCCUGUCAGCUUUGGCUGGGGUAGAAGUUACAGAAGCCGCUGCUCAGGCAGCUCUUACAACCUUAUCUGAGAUGGACUACGGAGUCAGCAGAGCUGGGUCUUUUUCAAAUCAUGCAAAGCCUCAAGAAGCCAGGCUUCCAUCAAAUGGAGAUGGUGGCUUAAAUGCAACGGAAGGAGCCUUAAUGGAGGCAAAUUCACAGCUCGAGAAGGAAGAGCAGGAUCUGGAGAAAGCCAUCUCGGAGAUAGCAGAGGUCCAGAUGAAAAGAAUUCAUGACAAGAUAGUUGAGUUUGAGGAGCUAGACAUUCUAAUGGAGAAAGAGAGGCAACAGUUGGACCAAUUGAAGAACAUGCUCUUCGCUGAUCAGCUUGUGCUCUCCAUCUACAAGAACAAAGCAAGGAAAUCUGGGGAAUGCAUGGAGGAGAAUGCGAGAUCUGAUUGAUGUUGUUCAUACCAUAGACUUGGAUUGUAAUAUAAUAUUUCAUAAAAAGCCUUUCGUGUUCUCAAAUUAAGAUAUUGAGCAUAGAACUCACUUCUCCUGA